AUGACAUCUUCUCCUAGGAUGGGGCGUUCAACCCAUCUUGUUUAUGCCUUUGGUUUUAUUAUCAUGGCAACAAUGGUUGCUGCUUCUUAUGAACCCUACACAUAUAGCUCUCCACCACCACCGGUGUAUUCUUCUGCACCAAAUGUUGAAUACAAGUCUUCACCACCUCCAUAUGUAUACAGCUCUCCACCACCACCGGUGUAUUCUCCAACCCCAAAGGUUGAAUAUAAGUCUCCACCUCCUCCAUAUGUUUACAGCUCUCCACCACCACUGGUGUAUUCUCCAACCCCAAAAGUUGAAUACAAGUCUCCACCUCCUCCAUACGUCUAUAGUUCUCCACCACCACCCGUGUAUUCUCUAGCCCCAAAGGUUGAAUACAAGUCUCCACCACCUCCAUACGUCUACAGCUCUCCACCACCACCAUUGUCUUCUCCAGCCCCAACAGUUGAAUAUAAAUCUCCACCACCUCUAUACGUCUAUAACUCUCUUCCACCACCGGUGUAUUCUCCAGCUCCAAAGGUUGAAUACAAAUCUCCACCUCCACCAUAUGUAUACAGCUCUCCACCACCACCAGCAUAUUCUCCAUCCCCAAGGGUUGAAUACAAGUCUCCACCACCUCCUUACGUAUACAGUUCCCCACCACCUCUAGUGUAUUCUCCUGCACCAAAGGUUGAAUACAAAUCUCCACCACCUCCAUACGUCUACAGCUCUCCACCACCUCCAUACUACUCUCCUUCACCCAAAGUUGAAUACAAAUCUCCACCACCUCCAUACGUCUACAGCUCCCCACCACCUCCAUACUACUCUCCUUCUCCCAAGGUUGACUACAAAUCUCCACCACCUCCAUACGUCUACAGCUCUCCACCACCACUAUACUACUCGCCUUCCCCUAAACCCGCAUACAAAUCUCCACCACCACCAUACGUCUAUAGUUCCCCACCACCACCAUACUACUCUCCUUCCCCUAAGGUUGAAUACAAGUCUCCUCCACCAUCAUAUGUCUACAACUCUCCACCACCACCACACUACUCUCCUACACCUAAACCAACAUACAAAUCACCACCACCACCAUAUGUAUACAGCUCUCCACCACCACCAUACUACUCCCCUUCACCUAAGGUAGACUACAAUUCUCCCCCACCUCCUUAUGUCUACAGCUCCCCACCACCACCAUACUACUCACCUCCUCCUAAGCCUACAUAUAAGUCUCCACCACCACCAUAUGUAUACAGCUCUCCACCACCACCAUAUUACUCGCCUUCUCCUAAGGUAGAAUACAAAUCUCCUCCACCUCCUUACGUCUACAGCUCUCCACCACCACCAUACUACUCUCCUUCACCUAAACCAACAUACAAAUCACCACCACCACCAUAUGUAUACAGCUCUCCACCACCACCAUACUACUUGCCUUCUCCUAAGGUAGACUACAAAUCUCCUCCACCAACAUAUGGCUACAGCUCUCCACCACCACCUUACUACUCUCCUUCACCUAAACCAACAUACAAAUCACCACCACCACCAUAUGUAUACAGCUCCCCACCACCACCAUAUUACUCUCCUUCUCCUAAGGUAGACUACAAAUCUCCUCCACCUCCUUACGUCUACACCUCUCCACCACCACCAUACUACUCACCAUCUCCCAAGCCCACAUACAAAUCUCCACCUCCACCAUAUGUUUACAGCUCCCCACCACCACCAUAUUACUCUCCUUCACCUAAAGUUGAAUACAAAUCUCCACCACCUCCAUACGUCUAUAGCUCUCCACCACCACCAUACUACUCACAUUCUCCCAAGCCCACAUACAAAUCUCCACCUCCACUGUAUGUUUACAGCUCCCCACCACCACCAUACUACUCUCCUUCACCAAAGGUUGAAUACAAAUCUCCACCACCUCCAUACGUCUAUAGCUCUCCACCACCACCAUACUACUCUCUUUCUCCCAAGAUUGACUACAAAUCUUCACCACCUCCAUACGUCUACAGCUCUCAACCACCACCAUACUACUCGCCUUCCCCUAAACCCGCAUACAAAUCUCCACCACCACCAUACGUCUAUAGUUCCCCACCACCACCAUACUACUCUCCUUCCCCUAAGGUUGAGUACAAGUCUCCUCCACCACCAUAUGUCUACAGCUCUCCACCACCACCAUACUACUUACCUUCUCCUAAGGUAGACUACAAAUCUCCUCCACCUCCUUACGUCUAUAGCUCCCCACAACCACCAUACUACUCACCUUCCCCUAAGGUUGAAUACAACUCUCCACCACCACCAUACUAUUCUCCUUCACCUAAACCAACAUACAAAUCACCACCACCACCAUAUGUAUACAACUCUCCACCACCAUUGUACUACUCGCCUUCUCCUAAGGUAGACUACAAAUCUCCUCCACCUCCUUACGUCUAUAGCUCCCCACCACCACCAUACUACUCACCUUCCCCUAAAGUUGAAUACAAGUCUCCACCACCACCAUAUGUCUACAGUUCCCCACCUCCACCACCAUAUUACUCGCCUUCUCCAAAGAUUGACUACAAAUCUUCGCCGCCACCUUUAUAUUAUUAA